AUAACAUGUUAUAAAUUAUCCUGUCUUCGUCCUUCGAGAUUUAAUUCUUCACUAUGUAGUAGCCCUGCUACGCGCUAAGCCUAUCGCACAAGUUUAAGAGGUAGAAAGAAAAAAUAAAACUAGGUACUUUUUCGAUUAGUUAGUCUGGCCACACUAACAACAGUCUACCUGCCAAACCGCCACCCGUUUAAAUCCAUUCUUGUCCGUGCGCGCGCGGCGUUCGCACAGGUUCCUACAAUAUUUAAACAUGUCAAAGCGAAGUCAUGAAAGUGCUACGCAAGGUGAAUCUCGUGAAGAGAGAUGGCUAAGGAAGUUGAAGUUAUAUGAAGAAAAAUUGAGUGCGAAAAGAAGUCGGCUUGCUGAAAAUCAGCAGAUAUUACCUCCAGUUGAAGGAGAAGUACAAAUUGAAGAACAUCCCGAAUAUAAUGAGGGUAUAUUGGCCGGAUCUCAACAGCCCACCCAUAUAGAAGUUGUGUUACCAGCAGACACCGAAAGAACGGCGCCUAUAGAUACUGAGGCUGCUGAGUUUAGCGAAAUGACGGAAACGACAGCAUGUACGAGCCCUAACUGCACUACGUGCUACGUUAUUGAGGAAAAUAUGGACGUCAGCGAUUAUGAUCCCGAUCUGUUACGAGAAUUAGGAGAUGAAGAAGCAGAUCCCGCUGAAUUCGGAGACGACUUGCAAGCGGAUGUUGCCGCAAGAUUCCAACGAAUAUUACAAGAUGGUCUUAAUAAAGAGGAAAAGGAUGGCCUUAUUAAGAAAUACCCUUAUCCUAAAAAUGUCCCAUUAGCCAAAAGUCCAACUCUAAACCCGGAAAUAAGCGUUAACUUAGCGGAGGCGUGUAAGUUAAGAGACAAGAGACUACUUUCAAAGCAAGAUCAGCUUGGUAAAACACUUUCAGCUUUGGGAAAGGCAUUAACAAAUCUGUUAAAAAAAACACCAGAUAUUCCAGACGUCAUACGUACUCUGAAUGACGCUGGUAAAUUACUGGCAGACUCACAUUAUGCCGAGACUGAUACUCGGCGAUCGGUCUUAAUACCUUUGAUUGACAAAUCUCUGGCAGAUCCAUUUAAAGACAGAAAAAGAGAUACUUUUCUUUUCGGAGAAAAACUUGGGGAUUUAGUAAAAGACUCACAGGGCAUAAAAAAGACAGGCCAGUUCAUUCACCCCGCUCCAUCAACGAGUUCAAAUUUAAAUGCAAGAGGCCCAUUGUCCCGAGGAAACCGACAGCAGCGCGGCGGCCAGUCGUACCAUCCACGAGCCGGUGGGCCGAGAAAUGUGCCGAUGGGCCCGCCAUAUCAGAACCGACGGCGAGCAGCUCAGUACACAGCGCAGCAGCAGCCGCCCGCACGGCGCCAUGUCGCGCCGCCGCCAGGCCCACCGGCGCCGGCGCGCCGUGCCCCUCCUCCACCGUACCGCCCCUCGACGAGUCGUCGAGCUUAGUGGCUCAACCUCCGCAGGUCAACACACCCGCUAUCACGCCACCUUUCCCUGGUAGCGUGUGUGUUAUCCGGGAAGGGUUCCGUAAACAAAACGUUCCAGAAGAAGCUUUAGAAAUAAUGCUUUCUUCGAUAUCGGAUAAUACUCGAUCUCAAUAUACUACAAGUCUUAAAUUAUGGUGGAUAUAUUGUCAUAAAAAUAACGUAGAUUUUUUUAAUUUUGAUUUAUCAUUUUUAUUGAAAUUUCUUUCGGAUUGUUUUGAAAACGGUUCAUCAUAUGGAACUUUAAAUAACCAUCGCUCUGCGAUAUCUUUAAUAUCGACUACUAGUAUAAGUGAUGAACCGAGACUAAAGCGAUUCUUUAAGGGAAUAUUUAGGCGAAAACCGAUAUUUCCACGUUAUGAUUACACAUGGAACCCUAGCAUUGUCUUAGAUUAUUUGGAUACUUUGAAUAAUGAUUCAAUCAGUUUAGAAAAGUUAACAAGAAAACUAGUUAUGUUAUUAGCAUUGUCAACAGGACAGAGGAUGCAAACUUUAUCUUAUAUAAAAAUAUCGAAUAUGAAAACUUUUGAAGAUCGCAUUAUCAUUACGAUUAAAGACAUGAUUAAGACUUCCAGAGUUGGGAAAGCUCAACCAGUUUUGAAUUUGCCUUUCUUCCAUCCUCGCCCGGGUAUUUGUCCAGCCUCUACGCUGCAGAAGUAUUGCUCGGUUACUGCCUCCAUACGCUCAAGCUCUGAGGAUCACCUAAUCCUAACAUAUAAGAAACCUUACAGACCAGCUACUUCGCAAAGCAUGGGGCGCUGGAUAAAGCAGACCUUAAGCGAUAGUGGUAUAGAUACCUCAAUUUUUAAAGCUCAUAGCACAAGGCACGCAUCAACAUCUGCUGCUUCUAGAGCUGGCUUAAGUAUUGACGUGAUUAGAAAGACAGCUGGUUGGUCUGCGCAGUCAGCUGUCUUUGCUAAUUUUUAUAAUAGACCGAUUAUUGAUUCAAAUACCAGUAUACUUGAUUGUUGUACCAUUAAUGAUAAUAUGUGAUGAUUUUGUAAAUAAAUCUAGAUUAAGAUUAA